AUCUCAAUAGACUAAAACCAAGGUAUCAUCAGGGCUGUAUCCCUUUCUGGAGGCUCUAGAAGAGAGUGUUUUCUUGCCUUUUCCAGCUUUGUAGCGGCCCCCUUCCUCCCCCUUCAGAACCAGCAGAAACAAGUCCAGUCUUCACAUCGCUUCUCUCUGGCUACAGCUGGGAAGUGAGCUCUCUGGCUCACUGCUUUUAAAGGAUUCAUGUGAAAAGAUUGGUCCCAUCUGGAUAAUCUCUAAGUCCUCAACCUUAACCGCAUUGACUAAGUCCCUUCUGCCAUGUAAAGGAACAUAUUCACAGAUUCCGGUGAUGAGAAAAUGGACAUCUUUGUGGGGGACAUUAUCCCGCCUACCUCCGUUUUUACUGCAGAGGCUCACCAGGAUAGUGAAGGGGCUAAUUGGAUAGAGAAGCAGAUAAAGAAGAAUUGAAGAUGAUCCCCAAAUAUGUUGCCUAGGAGAGAAUGAGAUAAUGUUUAUAAAGCGAUUAGUGCAGUAAGUGCAUAAUAAAUGGUUUCUGCUUCAACGGCUAAUGCUACAAAUUACAGAAAUAUAGUAACUCAGAAGGGAAAGCAGCUUAGGGAUGUGGAAGGGGAUGAAGCAGCGUAACAUUUUAUCUUGCAGAGAACAGUAUUUGGGAUCCAAGUUCUCGCUCUACUCUUAGGGAAGCAGGUGGUUUCAAUGUCAGAAAAAAGCUAAGCCUAAGGAGAACUCUGUGUGAUUUCCCUACCUGAUAAAAGAGGGAGCGUGGGGGUGCUGGGGGCUGUGGGAGGGAAGCUACUUCUGGCGUCUUUUUGCCUUGACUGCGCAACGUCUAGAUUCUGAGGAGGAGAGAAAACUUUUACGGAAGGGAGAAAGCACGAGUUUUGAAGCUCAGAGUUUGACUCUACUAGUUUUUCUCCCCCAGAAGCACGUGGGAAAGAAAUGUCCUCGGAAACCAAAGCCCCACCAUCAGAGAUGCUGAGAUUUUUCAGGCUUUCCCUAUGGUCUUCACGUUUGUCUCUUUAAACACGUUGCCCUCGACCUUGAAGCGGCUGCUGCUAAGCCGUGGUCAGUCAAGCAGUGGUUAAGUUAACAGACCCUCCCGCCUCCCUCCCGCUGGGUGGUAGCUUCCAAGGCCGCAGUAAACGUGUAUGUGUAUCGGUGUGAACCUGAUCCAGAAACAGCCGGGAAGGGAACAAAGUUUAGUCUGUGAGGAAAUAGGCAGCCGCCGGCUGCCGGUAGUUGAAUGCUGUCUGUCCAGAUUUCAGCUUGCUGUAGUGUUUUGGAGCCCUCUCUUGCAUCAGAAUUCUGUCCCAGUAAUCCUCUGAGUGUCGUCUCAGGACCCUGGGCACACUCAUGGCACCAUGGCCAACCCUCAGGAGCACCUGAGCUGCUCCUCUUCCCCACACUUACCCUUGAGUGAAAGCAGAACCUUCAACGGACUACAAGAUGAACUCACGUCUGGGGGGGGCCACCCUUCACCCAAGCUCCUUAAGGACCAGCAGGAAAAGGGGGUGCUACAAACAGAGCUAACUGAGAGCAUGAACAGCCCCAUCACCACAACAGUGUUGACAAGCGUGAGUGAGGAUUCCAGGGACCAAUUUGAGAACAGUGUUCUUCAGCUAAGGGAACAAGAUGAAUCAGAGAUGGCCGUGUCUCAGGGGAACAGCAACACCAUGGAUGGAGAGAGCACAAGUGGAACUGAAGACAUCAAGAUUCAGUUCAGCAGGUCGGGCAGCAGCAGUGGUGGGUUUCUGGAAGGACUCUUUGGAUGCUUAAGGCCUGUAUGGAAUAUCAUUGGGAAGGCAUAUUCCACUGAUUACAAAUUGCAGCAGCAAGAUACUUGGGAAGUGCCAUUUGAGGAGAUCUCAGAGCUGCAGUGGCUGGGUAGUGGAGCCCAAGGAGCUGUCUUCUUGGGCAAGUUCCGAGCGGAGGAGGUGGCCAUCAAGAAAGUGAGAGAACAGAAUGAGACGGAUAUCAAGCAUUUGAGGAAGUUGAAGCACCCUAACAUCAUCGCGUUCAAGGGUGUUUGUACUCAGGCCCCCUGUUACUGCAUCAUCAUGGAAUACUGUGCUCACGGACAACUCUACGAGGUUUUGCGAGCUGGCAGGAAGAUCACACCUCGAUUGCUGGUGGACUGGUCCACGGGAAUUGCAAGUGGAAUGAAUUAUUUGCACCUCCAUAAAAUUAUUCAUCGUGAUCUCAAAUCACCUAAUGUUUUGGUGACUCACACAGAUGCGGUAAAGAUUUCAGAUUUUGGCACAUCUAAGGAGCUCAGUGACAAAAGUACCAAGAUGUCCUUCGCCGGCACCGUUGCCUGGAUGGCCCCAGAGGUGAUACGCAAUGAACCUGUCUCUGAAAAAGUCGAUAUAUGGUCUUUCGGAGUGGUGCUUUGGGAGCUGCUGACAGGAGAGAUUCCUUACAAAGAUGUAGACUCUUCAGCCAUAAUUUGGGGUGUUGGAAGCAAUAGCCUACACCUUCCAGUUCCUUCCACUUGCCCUGAUGGAUUCAAAAUCCUUAUGAAACAGACAUGGCAGAGUAAACCUCGCAACCGGCCUUCUUUCCGGCAGACGCUCAUGCAUUUAGACAUUGCCUCCGCAGACGUUCUUGCCACCCCACAAGAAACCUACUUCAAGUCUCAGGCUGAAUGGAGAGAAGAGGUGAAAAAACACUUUGAGAAGAUCAAAAGUGAGGGAACUUGUAUACACCGAUUAGAUGAAGAACUGAUUCGGAGGCGCAGAGAAGAGCUCAGGCAUGCUCUGGAUAUCCGUGAACACUAUGAGAGAAAACUUGAGCGGGCUAAUAAUUUAUACAUGGAACUGAGUGCCAUCAUGCUGCAGCUAGAAAUGCGGGAGAAGGAGCUCAUUAAACGUGAGCAAGCAGUGGAAAAGAAGUAUCCUGGAACCUACAAACGACACCCCGUCCGUCCAAUAAUCCACCCCAACGCCAUGGAGAAACUCAUGAAGAGGAAAGGCGCACCUCAUAAAUCUGGGAUGCAGACCAAACGGCCAGAUCUGUUGAGAUCCGAAGGUAUCCCCAGUAUGGAGGUGGCUCCCGCUGCGUCCCCUUUGUCCGGAAGUCCCAAAACGUCCACCUCAAGCAGCAAGAGCCGGUAUCGGAGCAAACCACGCCACCGCCGAGGGAAUAGCAGAGGCAGCCAUAGUGACUUUGCCGGGAUCUUGAAAAACCAGCCAGCCCAGGAAAAUCCACCCCAUCCCACUUAUCUACACGACGCUCAGCCCCAGUACCCUUCUCCCCAUCACCACCAUCCUCUGCAGCAGCAGUACCAGCAAACCCCUCCUGCCACGUCUCAGAGUCACCAUCCCAGGCUCAAUAUGCACGGACAGGACAUUGCAACGUGCGCCAACAACCUGCGGUAUUUUGGCCCUGCAGCAGCCCUGCGGAGCCCACUCAGCAACCAUGCUCAGAGACAGAUGCCUGGCUCCAGCCCUGACCUCAUCUCCACGGCCAUGGCAGCAGACUGCUGGAGAAGCUCUGAGCCGGACCAGGGCCCGGCUGGCCCGUGGGGCUGUUGUCAGGCUGACCCUUAUGACCCCUGCCUCCAGUGCAGGCCAGAACAGUGUGGGUCCUUAGACAUACCCUCUGCUGAGCCGGUGGGUAGGAGUCCCGACCUUUUCAAGUCACCAGCACAUAAUCCCCUCUCGGAAGAUGCCCAAGGUUCUGAGAAAAUGGAAGAAAAUGAAUUCAAAGGCCGUAGGUCUGCGUCAUCCCUUGGCAUUCCUCAUCACAUCACCCCCCCAAUGCUACCUCGAAACACAAGGCCCCUGCAAAAGAGUGGCGAUGACUCCUCAGAAGAGGAAGAAGGAGAAGUAGAUAGUGAAGUUGAAUUUCCACGAAGACAGAGGCCCCAUCGCUGUAUCAGCAGCUGCCAGUCGUAUUCAACUUUUAGCUCUGAGAAUUUCUCUGUGUCUGACGGAGAGGAGGGAAAUACCAGUGACCACUCCAACAGUCCUGAUGAGUUAGCGGAUAAACUUGAAGACCGCCUGGCGGAGAAGCUAGACGACCUGCUGUCCCAGACGCCAGAGAUCCCCAUUGAGAUAUCCUCGCAUUCGGAUGGGCUCUCUGACAAGGAGUGCGCUGUGCGCCGCGUGAAGACGCAGAUGUCUCUGGGCAAGCUGUGUGCAGAGGAACGUGGCUAUGAGAAUCCUAUGCAGUUUGAAGAAUCGGACUGUGACUCUUCUGACGGAGAGUGUUCUGAUGCCACAGUUAGGACCAAUAAACACUACAGCUCUGCUACUUGGUAAUGGAAGAAAACCCAUCCGGAAGAUCUCAUGACUCUACUGGCAUUUCAAAUCCUUCCCACCCCCCAGACUCUUUCCCCUCUCUCCUUGCUUUUUUGUCUGGGAAGAGAGCUGCCCCAUCUUUCUUACCCCUAGAAAUGAGCUGCAAUAACAGGAACAUGAGACUUCGCAAAUCUCUGGAAAAAAAUAUCCAAAUGAAAUUAAGUCUCACUGAACAUUUCAAUCAAGAAUGGCAGGGAUCUAUUUUAUUGAAUAUUCUAGCUACUGUAACAUUGAUAUUUAUUUUUGACAUUUUAACACUUUGUACUGUAAAGAGUGAACUAUAUAUGAUAUAUAGAGAGACAAUAAUUUCUUGCAAAAAAAAAGAGAGAGAGAGAGAUAAAGGAAGAAAGAAAAGAAGUGGAAUUUAGGAGCAACACCCUUGGGAAUCUGUGGGGCCAGGAGGUAUUAUUGCUACUUGAACAGGGGACCAGUUCUUUUGGCCAUAAGUGACUGAAGAAGAGCCGGAGCAAGACAGACUGAUUAUUUUAGAAAACAAAGAACAACAAAGGAAAAGCCAUUCCAGGUAACUUGUGAACAGAGCUCGUUAAGUUCAAUCCGCUUGUCCGCAUGGGUGAUGGAGAUGGCCUAGAGAAGGCUGGUGACCAGACGCUUGCACCCAAGGUCUUUGAGGGCGGCUACACCUGUGGAAGCUGAUUUCAUUGUAAAAAUUUGAAGCAGCAUUUGGUAGUGAGACCUAGAGCAUCACACCUUGUCUUUGACAAAUACUUCCCUUUUUAAUGCCGUCAUCGUCCUGACCUUGACAAAUGUGUGACCUUGACCAAUGUCUUGAUUUUUGGAACUCAAGUGCCAUUUUCUUGUAGCCUAUUUCCUUUCCACCUGUUGACCACUUCCUUUAGGAGAAAAGGCGGGGGUUGCUGAUAAGAGAAAAAGGAGAUUGACAACAGUAUUAGAAAAACAAAUGUGGAAUUUGUGACAGUACAUUCUCAUGGUGUCUCAGUUCAGCUUCAUGCAGAAGAUGGGACCGCCCCUCUGUGGAACCAGGUUGCUUGUCUAUUAGAGUCAUAUUGAUUCAAACAGAACAGACUUUGAAGGCAGCUAGCAUGUGUGUGAGCCUGUCCAGUGUCCAACCCCAAACCACCCACCUUGUUUUCAUUCAUUAACUCAUUCUAUCCAGGAAGCUUUAGUGCCUGGCUACCACUAGCAGCAGAAAGGCAAAAUAAGCAACUUGCAGAAGGCAACCCCUUUCCCACCACAACAGCAUUUUCAUUAAAUGCAGCUUGUAAAGUGUAUUUUCCUGCACUCUGGAUCAAUGCAGUUUGGAAUCAUUGGAUUUGGACAUUUCUGGAAAGAACAACUGAUGCUGAGCAGCAAUUAGAAAGAUCUCACAUUGUUCAAGGCAAGAGGUUCUGCUUGGCUCUGGGGUCAUAGGCUUUGAAAAGCACCCCAAGGUACUUCAUGGUGCCUCAGCUUCAAGGAAAUUUUUAUCUAGAAUUUUAUAUAAAAACAGGUGUUGGCCUAGUUUCCAUCUCUUUCUCCAAGAUAGGUUACUGUCAGACAACCUCUCUAGGCUCAAGACCUGAAGACCAUGGCUCAACUCUUUGACACUGCACCAUGUGGGACGUUAGGAAAGACUUACAUGUACAGGUAUUAAACUAUUUCCAACACAGAUGAAACUGUUGCCCCCUCUCGGUGUCACUGAUUGCAUCAGCCAAAAAGGAAAGGUGGAGGGAAUUUAGAGCAGUUCCUGUUGCUUGUUUGAUCCCUCCAUUUGUUUACACUUUAUGUUGAGACAUUGAUUUAAAAUUUAGUGUCUAUAAUUUAUAGCUCUUAGGAUUGAAGGAGAAUGUUUAACUUAUACAGAGAGCAGUAUUGUUUGCAUUAAAUUAUUCCAUUUUGUAUAAAUUCUGUAGCUGGACUACAUGAACGAUCUUAAGUUAUGGCAUUAUUAUUGUUAUUUUAUUUUAUAAUAAUUAUCAUUCUCAUUUUCUGUAGAUCAGAAGGUGUGGUUUACAGUGUAGCACAAUGAUUGUGUAUUGCUAACCAUGAACAAUGAUGGCUUUUUAUGAUCUUUAUGAAGGAAUGAAAGUGCAACUGCCGUUUGGGAGCUCCCUGGGAUUCCUCUUAGUUGUAUUCCCUCGUUUUCUGUAUGCAGCAACAAUCAUCCGAGGGUGCGGGUUCUGCCCUGGAGCCCGGUGGAUACACUGUGCUUUUGACUUAAUCCGGAAAGCUUCUGGGUGGGCAGAUGACUGAGCGGAUGGACAGAUACUUCAAAAGCUGUACACUUUCUCACGUUUCUUAAGAAAUAAAAUCAUGGGACUACAUUAGAAGCAAAAAGAGAAUUAUUUAGUGCCGUGGGAGGAACCGACCUAGGGAGUUGCCGCCCAGGGCCCGUGGGUUAGGCAGUGUCGAGAUCGGGCAGGAGUUUAUCGUCUCCUUCCUGCUGGGUCCAUAGCACCAAAACCUUUUUUUAUCCUGGCUGGGAAUAAAGAAACAUCUGAAAAAAUAUAUAUAUAUAUGGUAUAUAUGUCAUGCCACUGACAUAAAAUGCCUAGCUGUGAUGUCAUCCCGUAAAAGACUAGAGAAAUUCUAGAAAGAGGCCUAGUCACUUAGAGGGUCAUAGAGCUGGAAGAGUACCUUGAAAGGCCAUAGUUUCCAUCCUUGGACUUUAGACCACACUGUACUGUGAAUCUCUCUGCUUCAUCACUUCUGGGAACAGAGAGGCUACAAGUCUAUAUCCUCUUUCUCUCCAACGUAAAACACACGUCAGCUCGUCCAGUUCUUGCCCACCUCUAGUGGCAAAAGAGAAACAUGAGGGUCAGCUUCUGUCUUACACAUUUCAGUGGUGGUCUUCCUAGAAAACCCACACCUGAUACCUCAUAAUUUUGCUUUUCUUUUUUUUUUUCAAUUUCCUUCUUGACUGCCUGUCAUGAUAAUGCCACAUAUAUCUAUCUGGAUUUACUGUUAUCAGCAUGUUAGGAUAAUAGACAGUGUUGAAUCUUUAGUCAUUCACUGUAUUGUCAAGAGUUGAAUAAAAUUCCACAUUGAACAUUUUUUAUUUUUAUUUUUAUCUUUAGUAGAAGUGACUAGAGGCUUCAGAAGACAACAGUGUCCAUAGUCUAGGUUAAAAGCCUUCUCUAUCUCAGCCUUGCCCUUCACUGCCUGCCUUGAGCUAACCAGGACAGUUGUGAAUCAGUGUGUAUUUCUUUGAGAACAACUCCAGUCAUCUGAAGAGUGCUGCAUCCGGAGCUCAGGGAAUCGAAGAGCUGAAUCUUCAGUCCUCAGGACUGUGCAACAUGCUGUAAGGAGCCUCACAAGACUGUGAUUUCAAGCUUCAGUUCUGACUGAAAGUUUAACCCCCUUGGGAUGAGCGUUCACAUUGAUGUAGCAUCUGUUUUUGACUGACUGCAAGAUCAUGAGUUUUAAUUUGUGUUGCAGAUGAACAUUUGGUUCUGAUUUUCAUCUAUUUCUAGAUCAUGUCCUCUGAUAACAAUUCCCAUUAAAAUUGCUUAGCAGAGGGACUGAGAAGCCGACAUCCACUUUGAAAUUAUAAUAGAUCUUACCGACAGUGAAGUUUCGACCUGUUUGCAAGAAUGUGUGAGCCCCUACUCAAAAAGGGUAAAGAUGCUAGCUAGCUCUGUCGUAAGAUGACUUGGUACAGCCUACUUGAAUUUCAGAUAUUUAAAAACUUUCAUAUCAACAAAUCAUCCUUCUAGAAUUAAGGAUUUUUUUAGUGGGACUUAAUAAG